AAAAAAAAAGAAAAAAAAAAGGAGAGAGACCGUAGUACUCUUUCUCUCUCUAUAUCUCUCUCUCUCUCUCACACACACACUCAUACACAUUUCUGAUUUCUCUAAUCUCCAUCUCUUUCUAGUUAUCAGUGCGUUCCUUACGCGAUCUUUUCCGAAACUUACGUUUCGAAGUAGUUUUUGGGAAGUCGUUAUCUUUCUAUUAUCAUGCUUCUAUCCUCCCUGCUAUGUUUCUAGGGUUUCAACUUCUGUUCUUUCAGUUGAAUGUUCUAUCUUACUGUCUGUCUGAUGAUGCGUGUUACUUGAUCCACAUGGAGUUGAGAAGUCUAACCAAGUUUUGUUGAUGUACCCUAAAACUUUCUCUACAAUCACUCUCAUUUCCUAUCUGAUUGUUGCUCCUUGUGUGGUUCAUGAGUAGUAGAUCUGCAAAGAAGAUUUGUACGUUUUCUGAUGAUUGAGCUAGAGGUGGAACGCUGUGAUCACUGAUACCUUGUUUUGUAAUUGAUUGAAAAGGAAGAAGAAGCUGAAGCUGAAAGGGUAUCUAAUUCAAAAGAAUCGAUUGAUUCAGAUUUUCUGAUUGCAGUUAUGCGCAGGCUAUAUAGGAACUCGUGAUUUGCGGAAUAGAUGAAUUGCAGUUUGCCAGCCGUUCUUCUGCUGGAUAUAAAUAGUUAGUCAACUUGUAUAACUUCAUUAGCUCAAAAAAGAAAGUGAAUAUCUGGAUUUAAACUUGACACAUUCAGUGCAAGUAAAAAUGCCGUCAUGGUGGAAGUCAUCGUCUAAGGAUGCAAAGAAGAAACCAAGCAAAGAGAGCUUCAUUGAUGCACUACAGCGGAAGUUUAAGAUUCCAUCAGAAAAUAAAUCUUCCAGCAAGUCUGGGGUGUCGAGGAGGCGUUGUUCUGAUACAAUUUCAGAGAGAGGGUCUCAGUCUAGGGCAGAAUCAAGGGCAACAUCACCUUCUAAAGAAGUAGCAAGAUGUCAAAGUUUUGUUGAAAGGCCGCUUGCACUACCACUUCCACCACCAGGUCUGCACCACCCCACAAGCAUGGGUCGUGCUGAUUCUGGAGCGAGUUUGUCCCCAAAGCCAAAAAAUGACAAGAUUAAGCCAUCACUGUUAAUGCCACUUCCGAAGCCAAGAUGCAUUCGGAGCAAGAAAGACCCUUCAGAUGCAGAGGUAGAUUUUGUCGCUGCGUCUAUUUCUAGUGAGUGUUCCAUUGAUAGUGAUGAUCCUGUUGAUUCACAUCAAAGAAGUCCUCUAACAUCUGAUUGCGAGACUGGUAGAACUGCUGCAGGGAGCCCUUCCAGUGGUAUGGCCAAGGACCGAUCCUUAGUCACGGAGAUGAAGUCGAAAGAGAUCGCGAUUCAACAAAAUCAGGUGUCACCUUUAUCCCCUAAGGGAAGGUUAUCCCGCAAUGCAGUUCCAAACAUACAAGUUCCUGGCCAUGGCACUUUGUUUAGUGCUCCUGACAGUUCAAUGUCUAGUCCUUCAAGGAGUCCAAUUAGAGUAUUUGGUACAGAUCAAGUCCUAAACUCCACUUUCUGGAAUGGGAAGCAUUAUAGAGAUCUUCCUUUAUUGGGAUCAGGUCACUGCUCUAGCCCAGGAUCUGGGCACAACUCUGGGCAUAAUUCAGUGGGAGGUGAUAUGUCAGGGCAGUUCCUUUGGCAGCCUACCAGAGGUAGCGCGGAACACUCUCCAAUUCCCAGCCCAAGAUUGACGAGUCCUGGUCCUGGAUCAAGAAUUCAUAGUGGUGCUGUCACACCACUUCAUCCUAGAGCUGGGGGAGCAGUAAAUGAGGAAGGAAAACAACAAAACCACCGUUUACCUCUUCCUCCUAUUUCGAUAAUGAAUACUUCUCCCUUUUCUCAUUCAAAUUCGGCAGCAACUUCACCGUCUGUACCUAGAAGUCCUGGAAGAGCUGAAAAUCCCACAAGUCCUUGUUCUCGCUGGAAGAAGGGAAAGUUGCUAGGACGGGGCACAUUUGGUCAUGUUUAUGUUGGAUUUAACAGUGAAACUGGUGAGAUGUGUGCAAUGAAGGAGGUGACUUUAUUUGCUGAUGAUGCAAAAUCAAAGGAAAGUGCAAAACAACUAGGACAAGAAAUUACAUUAUUGAGCCGUUUACGACAUCCCAAUAUAGUGCAGUAUUAUGGAUCUGAAUCGGUAGGUGAUAAAUUGUACAUAUAUCUGGAAUACGUUUCUGGGGGUUCCAUCUACAAGCUUCUCCAAGAUUACGGACAAUUGGGUGAAUCUGCAAUUCGCAGUUAUACAAAGCAAAUAUUAUCCGGGCUUGCAUUUCUGCAUGCUAAGAGUACAGUGCAUAGGGAUAUUAAGGGAGCUAAUAUCCUUGUAGACCCCAAUGGUCGUGUCAAAUUGGCAGAUUUUGGAAUGGCAAAACAUAUAACAGGGCAGUCUUGUCCACUCUCAUUUAAAGGAAGCCCAUAUUGGAUGGCUCCUGAGGUGAUAAAGAAUGCAAAUGGUGCCAGCCUUGCUGUCGAUAUAUGGAGUCUUGGAUGCACUGUUUUGGAGAUGGCUACUACAAAGCCACCUUGGAGUCAAUAUGAAGGGGUGGCUGCAAUGUUUAAGAUUGGCAACAGCAAAGAGCUUCCCUUAAUACCUGAUCAUCUCUCAGAUGAGGGAAAGGAUUUUGUAAGGCAGUGUUUGCAGCGGGAUCCACAAGAUCGUCUUACAGCUGCUCAGCUUUUGGAUCAUUCAUUUGUAAGAAGUGCUGCUCCAUUGGAGAAACCAAUCGUUGGACUUGAGAUUUCAGAUCCUCGUAUUGGAGUUAAAACUGAAGAAAAAUCUGCGGGUGCUGGACGAGGAAAACAUGUUUUGACGUUGGAUUCAGAACGACAUGGCACUCAUUCAUCUCGAACUAUAAAGUCUGGCCUUCAUUCCAGCAACAUAAUACAUAUGCAGAAGAAUAUAUCUUGCCCCGUUUCUCCCAUUGGUAGUCCACUUCUAUAUCCAAGAUCACCACAAAACAUGAAUGGGAGAAUGUCUCCAUCCCCAAUAUCAAGCCCAUGUACGAUGUCGGGUUCGUCCACACCUCUAACGGGUGGUGGUGGUAGUAGUGCCAGAUCAUUCCAUCAACUCAACCAGUCUGUAUAUUUGCAAGAAGGGUUUGGAAACAUCAAUCUAAUCAAACCCCCACAACACUCAUACAUGAACGAUCCAAUCCAUCGCAGUCAAACUCACGAUUUCUUUAGAGGAGCACAGCCACCGCAUGGAUCUCAAUUUGGUACAGAACAACAACCACUAUCUCGCGAGAUUGAGACGACGACAUCUGGAAGAUCUACUAUUAUUAUUCGAGGGGAACAACAACAACAACAACAUCAGCAACCAUAUGACAGACAGUCUGCCUUGGCUGACCGCGUAUCUCAACAACUGCUAAGGGAUCACGUGAAGUCGUUUCAAUCUCUUGAUCUUGGCAUGUCUUCUCCAUUACGGAACACAUAAACCAUGUUGUUUCGAACGAAAGAGAGACUAACUUGAGAUUGGGUUUUCGGGGAUUAUCAUUCUUUAUUAUACUAUUUAACUCAUGAGGCUAACCCUAGUUAAAGUGAGUUUUCUGGAAGAAAAGAUAAAAAAAGGUGGGAAAUUUGUACCUUACUUGGUAAGCAGCGGCAGUUAUUUGUGUGGCGACAGAAUCGGCCUUUAUUGUCUGCACCUUGUGAGAUAACAGAACCGGUCUCCAAUGAGCAGUGAAUCGAAACAAACCAAACCAUUUGCCAGGUGCGUUUUAAGAAUGCUUUUGUUGUGUAUACUUUUGAAAACAUGUCUAUGUCAGUCACAAACAAAAAAGGGGAGGAGGGGGGGAAGAAGAAGAUGCAAGAAAUAAUUGGGCUUUUUGAGUUAAUUCUUUUAUUUGGAGAUGUAGAACAAACAGUGUUUAGUUGUAAAGAAAGAAAAAUGUAUGAGCAUGGGAUUGACAUUUGGUUAAUGAACUAAAAUGAAAGAUGUCAAGUUUCCAUGCUUAACAAAAUCUCCCUUCUUUAUGGAAUCUCUGAUAUCAACAUAGCUCGUCUUUCUAAUCAUAUUUCUUUUGUAAUGAUGAUAAGUUAGUAUUGGUUUCAAUCUCGAAUUAGAUUAUUUAAAUGAUGAUGA